GAUGACACUUUAGCUAAAGGACUCUCCUUUUCUUCUCUCUUCCCUCUUAGCUGUAGCUGAGAAAAAUCAGAAAGAGUGCGGCCUCUUCUCUUCUCUCUUUCUUCUUGAUAUCAGCAAUUCCCCAAUGCAUGUUGUUUUCCUUUUUCUCUGAAACCCCUUAUGUAUUUUUCAGUCUUAUCUCUUUAGUUCCUACCCACAUAUUCAUAACCCCCUCUUCUUCUGUUUUUUUUUUAACAGAUCCAACAGCCACCUUCUCAAAAUUUCAGAAAAAUACCGAUACCGAAAUACUAAAAUUUUGGCUAAACAAAUACCCAUAUGGUUUUUUUGAAACAUACUGGUAAAGCUUGAGGAAUUAUUGUUAGUUUGAGGAAUUAUUGUUUUUGGGUUUUGUAAAGGGAGCGAGAAUGAAAGUGACCCAGAAAGAAAAAGAUUCAGAAAAAAUCAUCUGUUGGGAUCAUCAGAUGAGAAGUUCUUCUUCUGGGUCACCAUUUGGUUUACAAAAUCGAGCUUUGCCUAAAUUAAUGGUGUCGCUUAUCCUCUUUGUUUCUGCCACUUAUAUUGUUUACACUCUCAAGCUUGUUGAUGUUUCCUCUAAACCCUGCAACAGCAACGACAUCGUUUUCACUCGUAACAGUCUACUCCUUCAUUCCUCUUCCUUUAAUUCCCCUAAGUCGAUCCAGCCCUUAAUUGUUAACGAUGAAGAAAAAACGGGGCUUGAACAUAUAGUUUUCGGCAUUGCAGCGUCAGCAAAGUUGUGGGAAAAAAGAAAAGAUUAUAUAAAGCUAUGGUGGAAACCGGAGGAAAAAAUGAGAGGUAUUGUUUGGUUAGAUAAACCGGUAAAAACGGUAAAAGAUGACCGGGGAGCGUUGCCGGAGCUAAGAAUCUCCGGCGAUACUUCCCGGUUUUCGUACACGAACCGACAAGGUCACCGGUCGGCGAUACGAAUAUCGAGAAUUGUUUCGGAGACUUUAAGGUUAGGGAUGGAAAAUGUGAGGUGGUUUGUAAUGGGAGAUGAUGAUACAGUUUUUGUAACCGAUAAUUUAGUGAGGAUUUUGAAUAAGUAUGAUCAUAAUCAGUAUUAUUAUAUUGGGAGUUUAAGUGAGAGUCAUUUGCAGAAUAUUUAUUUUUCUUAUAGUAUGGCAUAUGGGGGUGGUGGAUUUGCUAUUAGCUAUCCUUUAGCUAAAGCUCUUGAGAAAAUGCAAGAUAAGUGUAUUCAAAGGUAUCCUGGGCUUUAUGGUUCUGAUGAUAGAAUGCAAGCUUGUAUGGCUGAACUUGGUGUUCCUCUCACUAAAGAAAUCGGUUUUCACCAGUAUGAUGUGUACGGGAACUUAUUCGGGCUUCUAGCAUCACAUCCAAUAGCACCAUUAGUGACAUUGCACCAUCUUGACGUGGUGGAGCCAAUCUUUCCUAAUGUGACUCGAGUGCAAGCUUUACAGCGUCUUACAGUUCCAAUGAAGCUUGAUUCGGCUGGUCUUAUGCAACAAUCCAUUUGCUACGACAGAGCUAAUGGUUGGACCGUGUCAGUAUCAUGGGGAUUUGCAGUUCAAAUAUUCCGUGGCAUUUUGUCUCCCCGGGAAAUAGAAAUGCCGUCAAGGACCUUCCUGAAUUGGUAUAAAAGAGCAGAUUAUACUGCAUAUGCUUUUAACACGAGGCCAGUUGCGAGGAACCCAUGUCAAAAACCUUUUGUGUUUUAUUUAUCCCAUGCCAAAAUGGAUCCUUACAACAACCAAACAGUGAGCCAGUAUACUCGUCAUCGAGUUCCUCAUCCAGCAUGCAAGUGGAAGAUGGCAGACCCUGCUGAUGUUGAUCGCAUUCAGGUUCAUAAGAAGCCUGACCCACAUCUAUGGGAUCGGUCUCAAAGGAGGAACUGCUGCAGAGUCUUACGCUCAAAGGCGAAAAGCAUGGUGGUGGAUGUCGGUGUCUGUAGGGAAGGUGAAGUCAGUGAAGUAUGACAAUGUAUGCCUCUCGAGCCUUUCCUCUACACAUUCUCUCCGUGUAUUUUUCUCGUGAUUGAUUCUCGAAUGCAUUUCUUCAUUUGUUGAAUUCACGUUAAAUUUUCUUCGAUCCAUCCAAAUUUAACUUAUAGCCACUACAUUUAGAAAAAAAAGAUGAGCUAAUGUAAAAUAUCCCAAAGUAUAUACUAGAUGUCCUUAUAUGACGACUAGUGUAGCAUAGUUCUUUCUUCCUUUCUGGGUUCCAAAAGUCUUGUCAGUUUAAUUUUCUGCAAUUUAAUUUAGAGGUCUUAUUUUUCUUCC